CCAGCCCGUGUCCCCUUUCUUGGGGCUAGGAGGCGGGGUUGGGUGGAGCUUUGGGGGACCACGCCCAUUCCCCCACCCCACCCCGCAACUGGCUCAGCCCCGCGUCGCCAGCUCCUGGUCCAGCGCCACCAUGCGUGCCGCGCACUGGCUGCUGGCGCUGGUGCUCUGCGUGGCCGCUCGCUCACUGAGGCCCCCGCACCCCGGAGCAGAUCAGGAUGAAGGUCACGGCUUUGCCUGGGCUACCCAGGGGACCACCCGGGGUUGGCACCGGAGAGCCCGAGACAGCCCCGGGCAGGUGUCGGACAUGGACAGGACCAAGCUGAGCCAGGACUUUGGUGGAGGCACCCUGGCCAUCGACACCUUGCCAGAUAACAGCACCCGAGUGGUGGAGUCCAACCAUAACUACUAUGUGUCUCGAAUCUACGGCCCCAGCGAGCCCCGAGGCCAGGAGCUGUGGGUGGAUGUGGCUGAGGCCAACCAGACCCAAGUGCGGGUGCACAAGGUCCUGUCCAGCGCGCACCGGCAGGCCUCCAGGGUAGUCCUGUCCUUCGAUUUCCCUUUCUACGGGCAUCCUCUGCGACAGGUCACCAUAGCAACAGGAGGCUUCCUCUUCAUGGGUGAUGUGAUCCACCGGAUGCUCACAGCCACGCAGUAUGUUGCGCCCCUCAUGGCCAACUUCAACCCUGGCUAUUCCCACAACUCCACAGUGGCCUACUACGACAACGGGACCGUCUUCGUGGUGCAGUGGGACCACAUCUACCUCCAGGGCUGCGAGGACAGGGGCAGCUUCACGUUCCAGGCCGCUCUGCACCGAGAUGGCCGCAUCAUCUUCGUUUACAAAGAGAUUCCCAUGUCUGUCUGGGAGAUCAGCUCCGCCCAGCACCCCGUGAAAGCUGGCCUGUCAGACGCCUUCAUGGUCCUCAAUCCGGCCCCGGGUGUGCCAGAGUCCCGUCGCAGGACCAUCUUUGAGUAUCACCGUGUGGAGCUGGACACCAGCAGGAUUGCCAGUGCCUCCGCCGUGGAGUUCACCCCGCUGCCCACCUGCCUGCAGCACCAGAGCUGUGACACCUGCAUCUCCUCUGACCUGAACUUCAACUGCUCCUGGUGCCACGUCCUGCAGAGGUGCUCCAGUGGUUUUGACCGCUACCGUCAGGAGUGGCUGACCUAUGGCUGUGCUCAGGAGGCAGAAGGCAGGACGUGCGAGGACUUCCAGGACGAGGAUCAGUACUUGGCUUCGCCCAGUAGCUCGGGCAGCCCCUCGGACAGGGACAUCACCAUCACCACCACUGCCUCCUCCCUCUUGAUUGACAGCCUCACCACGGAAGAUGACACCAAGCUGAAUCCCCAGGCAGGCAGAGACGGCCUGCAGGACAAUCUGUCCCCGGACUCCAAGGGCCCCCCAGUGCACCUGGGCACCAUCGUGGGCAUUGUGCUGGCCGUCCUGCUGGUGGCAGCCCUCAUCCUGGCUGGGAUUUACAUCAGCGGCCACCCCAACUCCAACGCCGCGCUCUUCUUCAUCGAGCGGAGACCCCACCACUGGCCGGCCAUGAAGUUCCGCAACCACCCCGACCACACCACCUACACGGAGGUGGAGCCCAUGGGCCACGAGAAGGAGGGCUUCGUGGAGGCCGAGCAGUGCUGAGGCCACGCGUGAGGCCUGGGACAGCAAGGAGGACAAAAAGUGACUUUUGCGGGGCUCCCGAGAGUUCUCCUUGGCCAAGAAGAAAGGGGCAGGGACAAGGGCUUCGGAGGCUGGUCCUCACCCUGCUAAGGAGGGCCUGGAACAGCAGCCACACGGUGGGGUUUAAAAAACCAAAGGCCUCAUCUCCCCCUCACCCCCACCGGCCUUUGGCCUUUCCUGGGGCUCCCACCCAGAGUCCCAGCACAUAGCACAGCCCCACUCAACUCCAGGCUGGGCCUGGGAACUGCAGAGCCGGGCACUGUGCGGCCUGCCCAGUUUGUCCCUCUUACCUGGUGACAGGACUGGUGCGCGGCACCUCCAAGGCCUCGGAAGACAAACGGGAAGGUGGGGGGGGGGGUGAGGCCUACGUGAGCCCCGCCCCCCACUGUUGCAGGGACAGCGGUGACCUGGAAAGCUGCAGGCUGUGUGCUGGCUGGGAACUCAGGAGCUCAGGCUCCCAAACUUAGCGUCUGUCCCCUGGGAGCACGGCUGCCUCCGAAGCGCACCGAGCUGAAAAAUCUAGAGCUUGGCCUCAUUCGGGUAAGACGUCUCAGCCCAAAUAAAUGCAAAGUCAGUCUGCA